CACGCCUAGUGUUAACGAACACACUGGAGCAGCCAAAAGCCUUAAACCCUCUCGAAUCUUACGAUCUGUCCCAAACACAUAAACCCUUUCCUCAGUUCUCAUUUCUCAGUACUCAAUUAAGAAAAGAAAAAGGAACACAAAAUAACCAAAAAUCACAGAUCUUAUCUCCGAAUCCCAAACUCAUCGCUAUGAGAAGGAUUACCUCCUCCGUACUCCUCCGGACCUUAUCCGCCGCUCGAGGCGGAGCCAUCUCCUUCUCCGUCCCCAACCGUUUCCUCCAGGUAGCUCUCUAUGGCAGCAGUGCCGGCGGCGCCAGAGCUCCCCGCCGCUGGUGGUUCACCUACGGACCUUUCGCCGGGGCGUCGCUGGGCGUCGCCGGGGCUCUGGCGACGGCGGUGGCCACCACCUCGGCUUAUCAGGAAGUCUUUGCCAAGGAGCCGCCGCCGCCCGAGGCUCUCCCGAAUGACGUCGUUCUCUACCAAUACGAGGCUUGCCCUUUCUGCAAUAAAGUCAAAGCAUAUUUGGAUUACUAUGAUAUACCUUACAAAGUUGUGGAGGUCAACCCGCUCAGUAAGAAAGAAAUUAAAUGGUCUGAGUAUAAGAAGGUGCCAAUAUUGAUGGUAGAUGGUGAGCAGCUAAAUGACUCUUCAGCUAUAAUUGACAUGCUGGGAGAGAAGAUUAUGUCAAAGAAAAAGGCAGGUGAGGAUGACGAAGAGACAAAAUGGAGGCGGUGGGUUGAUAAUCAUUUAGUACAUGUUCUGUCACCAAACAUAUACCGAAAUACUUCCGAAGCACUCGAGUCCUUUGACUACAUCACGAGCAAUGGAAAUUUCAGCUUUACAGAGAAAAUUACUGUUAAGUAUGCUGGAGCUGCAGCUAUGUAUUUUGUGUCCAAGAAUCUGAAGAAGAAAUAUAACAUCACUGAUGAACGUGCUGCUCUUUACGAGGCAGCAGAAACAUGGGUAGAUGCUCUGAAUGGCCGGGAAUUUCUCGGAGGGUCUAAGCCUAACUUAGCUGACCUGGCAGUGUUCGGGGUUUUAAGACCCAUUCGGUAUCUGAGGUCGGGAAAGGAUAUGGUGGAACACACGCGGAUUGGUGACUGGUACUCGAGAAUGGAGAGUGUUGUGGGAGAGUCUGCCAGGGUUAACGCCUAAACUAGGUUCGUAAUCUCAGAUUCAAAUACUUAAUUUUCCUUGCUUCUAUUACUACCUUCUUUGGUUUUACCUCAACUUGUUUGAAGUGAAGACAUUUGGGUUUCUCAGUGAACAUUUUUUGGCUCGUCAGGAAGAUACUCCAAUGUGGUGAUAGUUAAAAACUAAAAAGAAUGUAAAGCAAAUUUUUUGCUGGAGUAUUGAUUCUUUAGAAAACAUUCAUAAUUUCAUCUGUUAUAGUUGCUAUUAUUGUAAAGAUCUAGCUGUAUCAGGGAAUAAGGCAAUUAUCUGUUGUACCCGAGAUUGAAACUUCGGUACUGAUCAUAAUACGCAAAGGGACAUCAAGUAAA